AUGGCCGACGAAGACCUAUCGCUCUCGACCACGACCCCUCCUCCAACCAGACCCUCGGCCCAUUUCUACCCGUUUGCGACGUCGCCGGACAUUAUCCGUUCGCACGAGAAGGAUGCCUUCCUUACUGCCAACUUGACCAACCAGACACAGUCCAUCGUUCGAAAACUUCGUGGUGCUCGCUAUGCGCAUACGCACUCGGAAGCUAUCAAGAACCUCACCGAGCUGUUGUAUUUUUCCCUGACGACGCUGAUCGGAAACCGGACUCUGGGAGAAGAGUAUUGCGACCUUGUCCAACUUGAAGAUGACACCCUACAGCUGCCGUCAGUAGCCAGGCGCGCGGGAUACAUUCUGAGCAGCAUAAUGGUGCCAUGGACACUACAGCGGAUACUGCCCGGUUUUCGACAGCGUCUACGCGCUAAACUAGAGCGUAGUAUCGCCCGACAACAACAGAAGGCGCAACAGACAAAAGGAGCAACUGAAUUUGCUUCAAACGGCAAACCAAGGAAGCAGUCAUUAUUCACGAAACUACGUAUCCAGAAGUACAUCUUGGAGCAUCUCGAUUCCAUCACAUCCUUAUCGCCAAUUUAUGCACUCAGCAUUGCAACUUUCUACUUCACAGGCUCUUAUUAUCACCUGUCGAAACGGGUUUGGGGGCUUCGUUACGUCUUUACGAAGAAACUAGAGCAAAACGAGCAGCGCGUCGGCUAUGAGGUACUGGGAGUACUACUUGUUCUGCAAAUAGCAGUCCAAAGUAUUCUUCACGUCCAAAAAGUUACUACGAGUGCAGGCCAAGAGACCUCAGACUCGCUUUCCGAUUCUCCGGGGCCCCGCGGCCAAGAAGAUACUCUAGUACGCUCGAUUGAGAACCCAUCCACGCUCCCUCUUCUUCCUGCUUCUAGCGCUCGAUAUGAUCUCUCAGAGGACCCUGACGCCAUCCCUUGGAUUCCCACCGGACAACAACGCAAGUGUACUCUCUGCUUGGAGUCCUUUAAGGAUCCAAGUGUCACGACCUGUGGGCAUGUGUUUUGCUGGACAUGUAUUUGUGACUGGGUUCGCGAGAAACCCGAAUGCCCUCUUUGUCGACAAGAAGUCCUCGCUUCUAAGGUGCUGCCCUUGAGAGGCUGA